GACGUAGCGAGCAGUAGUCGCGACUCCAACUACCACCACCAGACGCUGAAAAGAAGACACCACUCACACAUUCGGGAUUAAUAAUUACACUCUCGCACAAUUUGCAUUCCAUCCUGCUGCUUCCCGCCGCCAAGUUCAGUUCAGUGUUCAGAACGUGUUCGGUGUUCAAGUGAUACCUCAUUCGCGGCUGGAAGGACUUGCGGUUUUUAGUGUUGCCAGUGAACGAAGACACAGCUAGAUUGUCUCCAUCCCGUCCCGGCCGACUUAGACAAUAUGAACGGAAUGAACGGCCACGCCAACGGUGAAUUGAACGGAUGCGGCGAUAUCAUCACGCAAAACCAGCAGAAGGGCUGCUGGACUAUUGGUUUGAUCAACUCCAAGUUCCGUUACCUCACAGCUGAGACUUUCGGGUUUAAGAUCAACGCCAAUGGUGCUUCAUUGAAGAAGAAGCAGAUUUGGACUCUGGAACCGGAGAGUCCUACUGCUGGCGACAGUCUAAUCUACUUACGGUCUCAUUUGGAUAAAUAUUUGGCGGUCGAUUCAUUCGGUAACGUGACCUGUGAGAGUGAUGAGAAGGAUGCCGGCUGCCAGUUCCAGAUUAGCGUAUCCGAGGACGGCAGUGGUCGAUGGGCACUCAAGAACGUGGUUCGCGGAUAUUUCCUUGGUUCUACUCAGGACAAGCUUACCUGCACUGCCAAAGUGCCUGGAGAUGCUGAGUUCUGGCACAUCCAUUUGGCUGCACGUCCUCAGGUAAAUUUGCGUUCGGUCGGACGCAAGCGCUUCGCACAUCUCAGUGAGAAUCUUGAUGAGAUCCAUGUCGACGCUAACAUCCCAUGGGGAGAGGACACUCUUUUUACCCUUGAGUUCCGUCUUGAAGAGUCCGGCAAGUACGCGAUCCACACAUGCAACAACAAGUAUCUGAGCAUGAGCGGCAAGCUGGUGGACGUCUGCAAUAAGGACUGUUUCUUCUCGGCGGAGUACCAUAGCGGGCAACUGGCGCUUCGUGAUCGUACGGGACAAUAUUUGAGCCCGAUUGGGUCCAAGGCCGUGCUGAAAACGCGUUCCAACACGGUGACCAAAGAUGAGCUCUUCUCGUUGGAGGAUUCCCUGCCGCAGGCGAGUUUCAUUGCAUCGCUCAACUCGCGAUUCGUCUCUGUGAAACAAGGUGUUGAUGUUACGGCCAACCAGGAUGAAAUAUCCGAUCAUGAGACCUUCCAGUUGGAGUUUGAUUGGAGUACCAAGCGCUGGUACAUCCGCACCAUGCAAGAUCGCUAUUGGACUCUGGAGACUGGUGGCGGCAUCCAGGCCUCCGGCGACAAACGCUCUUCUAAUGCGCUCUUUGACCUCGUCUGGCAGAACGACGGCUCUCUGGCAUUCCGUGCCAAUAAUGGUCGCUACGUGAUCACCAAGCGCUCCGGCCAUCUUUAUGCCACUUCGGACGCCAUUGACGAUACCUGCAAAUUCUACUUCUAUCUCAUAAAUCGCCCAAUUUUGGUGUUGAAAUGCGAGCAAGGCUUUGUUGGAUACAAGGCCGCCAGCAACCCUAAGCUGGAAUGUAACAAGGCUACAUACGAGUGCAUACAAGUGGAACGCGGGGAGAAGGGCAUCGUUUUCUUUAAGGGCCAAAAUGGUAAAUACUGGCAUGUUGAUUCCGAGGGUGUCACUGCCGAUUCCGACACUCAGGAAGGCUUCUAUUUGGAGCUGCGUGAACCAACUCGAUUGUGUAUCAAGAGUAUCAACGGGAACUAUCUAACUGCCAGCAAAAAUGGGCUUUUCCGCCUAGGUGACACUUCCAUCGAGAAUGCCACUCAGUGGGAGUACUAAAUGCGCCUUGGAUUGCCCCCACCGCACACGUAAUUUCUGGUACUAUUAUUAUAAUAUAUAUUUUCAUAUUUAUUAAUGCUAAUUUAUUAAUUUGGUACUUCGGUCAUACUCUAACAUUUUACACCAAAAAGAAAGCAAAAUCUUAAGUUAUCUCCAUACCUGUCUAUAUAUUUAUAUAAACUUUACAGUAUAAUAUCAUUACUUAUAAACAUCCAUAUGUAUAGCAUAUGCGUUAUAUUUGUACUAUGUUAGUUUCAUUUUGAAACAUUUCUGUAAACUUAACAUCUACGAUUUUUGUUAAUAUUUAGUACACAUUCUUGGGAUGCAUGAAUCAAUAAAACUUCAAUUUAUAUCAACACAACUGCCUAAUCAGCAAUAUUAUUAUGUUAUUAAAGAAUCAGCAUCAUUCAAACUCUGUAAUUGGUACUUUUUUCCGAAAUAGUUAAUACGUACGCAUGACGCGCCAUGUAACAGAAAGUUGGAUGGCAGUAAACACUUGUUGAUUCAUUUCGUUACUGCCUCUAUUAUCAUGACCAACUUAUGGCUGAUCAGACGACACGCUAGCCCGUGUCUUUUUACCUGCAAUAAGCAGUUGGAAAAGUGUAUCAGGAAAUGAAACUAUGGAAAACAAUCAAUCACAGGUGUAUUUUGAUAACUAAAAGUUCUACACAUUCGCCAAAUUUUGUAUUUUUAUAUAUCACAAUGUCCAUGCAAUGCAAUAUCAAUACCGUUUUCAAUAAAUUAGAGAUCAUAGAUACUGUAUGUAAAUAAGUGUUUUAUAAAUUAGUUCAUUAUCAUUUGAAAUCGAAAUGUAAAUUUUUGUCAAUUGUUUUAAACGUUUUUUAAUUCACGAAUUUACUAAUGAAUUUUGCGCUGUGUAAUGAAGUAGUUUGUUGAUAAUUGUUUUUGAAAUCAUGUAAUUCACCUUUGCUUACAUAUGGUAAACAUUUGUAAUAAUUGAUUAACCAUUAUGAAUAGUCAUUGUAUAUGUCAGUGCUGCAUGUCUAUCAAGUAUUAUAGAAUUAUAUUGAUCCCUUACACGUAUACAUCAAAGCUCAAUUCAUUAAAAUAUAAAUAUGUAUUAUGAAA